UAUAAUCUAAUUCAAAAUAUUAACCAAAAACUAUCAGUGAUAAUAAAAUAUCACUGGUGUUUCGGGGCCACUGUAUGUGCCUUGUGUCUAAGAAAAUGCAUUGAUGAAUAAGUGUACUUUCCUGACCAAAGUAAAGAAUGACUGAAGUGAAUGCAGGAUGUGAGAUCACAUCAUCGGUGUGACACAGCAGAGGUGAAGCAGCUCUUGGGCCUCCAUCCAGCAGCUGACUUCAUGUGUGGCUAAAAGCCACAGAUCACUUGGAAUGUCUGGAGUCCGUUUGCAUUUCCCAAACUCUCGAAACAUGACCACUUUUGAAUGUAACUCAGAAUUCGAAGUAUCUCAUCCAAACGAACACGUUUUUUCCGACCCAAUCAGAAGUAGGUCAGUUUCACAGAGAGGGCUGUCUGCUUCACUGAGGUCAACUAAUGAUAGAAUUCAAAGGCAUUACUGUUUAACCAAACCUUCUUUUGCACUGACCAUCAGAUCUACUUCAUCCUUUCUCUGCGGUUGCUGCGUUAGUGUGAGUCACUGCUGAAUUGUUCACUUGUUCCCGUAAUACUGUUCACAGGUGCUUGAGAAGUACCCCAACACACCGAUGAGUCAUAAAGAGAUCCUGCAAGUGAUUCAGAGAGAAAGGCUUAAGGAGAUAAGAAGUGGGACGUCGCCUCUUGCCUGUCUCAAUGCCAUGCUCCAUACAAACUCACGCGGAGAGGAAGGGAUCUUCUACAAGGUCCCCGGCAGAAUGGGAGUCUAUACACUGAAGCAGAAGGACAUUGGAGAUGUGGUGAAGGAACUGUCAGAAGAUGCUUCAGAGGACAGCAGUGAUAACAUGUCUGAUACCCGAAGCACAGAAAAUACCAGCACCACUACCUACAGCAAAGAUGGACGCAGAGGAAGGUGGAAGAGGAGAGUGCCAGCAAAACUGCAAUCUCAGCCAUCCUCACCACAGUCUCGCUGUUCAUCUCCGUCAGUCUCCAGCAGCAAACUCAUGUCCCCAUCACAGAAACACAGCAAGAAGGCCCUAAAACAGGCACUGAAACAGCAGCAGCAGAGGAAUCAGCGGCGGCAAUGUGGAAUCCCCAGCGCCUCCAGCCCACGACUGCUCCUCAAGACUGUCAAAGACAUGGCUCAUGACUCCUCCAAAUCCUCCUGGGAGCUGAAACAGACAGAGCGCUGCCCUGCAAGUCCACAGAACUCUACCUCCAGCUCGUCCUCCUCUGUCAAAGCAGAUGUGUGCCACACGACUGGUGCCCGAAAGGUGUCUCAGCGCUCCAGUCAGCUCAGUGCCAGACAACUGAGGCGUACCAAGUGUGAGAUAGAUGUUGAGACACCAGAUUCCAUCCUUGUCAACACCAACCUGCGAGCGCUCAUCAACAAGCACACAUUCUCAAUGUUGCCUACAGAGUGUCAACAGAAGCUUCUUAAGAUGCUGCCAGAGGUUGACCAGCAGGCUAGUAUGGAUGGUGCACUGAAGGUGACCAGCUCUGCCUUGAACAAUGAAUUCUUCACAUCAGCAGCACAGUCUUGGAAGGAGAGGUUGUCAGAGGGUGAGUUCACACCAGAGCUGAGACUGAGAAUGCGGCAAGAAAUUGAGAAGGAAAAGAAGGUGGAGCUUUGGAAAGAGCAAUUCUUUGAGAGCUACUAUGGUGAACAAUCUGGACUCAGUAUAGAGGAAUCCAGAGAGCUGACAGAGGAUAGGAGUGUUCCUGAACCAGCUAAAAGCACAGUCCUUUCAGAAAAGCCAGAGACUGUCAAAGAGUCUCAGAAGGUAAACCCAGUGACAGAGGUCAUCCACAUGGAGUUGAGAUCCAGAGAUGUGAAAUCAACAGUACCACAUGUCUCACCUGAAGAGCCAGUCAAACCUCCUGCUCCAGAGCAAUCACGUUUAUCCUUAGACACGAGAAAGGAUGCACAGGAAGAACUGAUUCCAGAGUCCUCUGUUCAAAAAGCAGUGGAGCCCAAACCUGGCAGUGAAAAAGCACAGGAGAAUGAGAUCACAUGUAAGACCCCAGCAUCUCCUUUAGAAGCAGUGGUCACCUGUUUGAAAGGAAAGGAGACACAGACCCCUAAAGAUGAAAGUCCCGUUGGUGAGGCUGAACAAACAGUAAUGGAAAGGAAUAAAGCUGGAUCUCCAGUAACUGUUGUCACAUCUGAACCUCUAAAAAGAAAAGUCUCUAGUGAACAGGAUACAGAGCUCAGAACAGAGAAGAAGCCCCGUGUCACUUCAUUAGGAGCAUCAUCCACAGUGACAGCUAAAGAAAAAGUAGAACAUAGAGUACCUCCUCUCAAAAUCUCAGUGUCAAGAAUUUCAUCUGCCCCUGCGUCUACUGAACAGGUAUCUCCAAGGACUCCCGUUCCCAUUCCACUGACACCCCCUAGCGUUCGACCCGGUCGCACAGGUGCUCGCACUCUAGCUGACAUCAAGGCAAAAGCCCAGUUAGCACGUGCACAGCGUGCUGCAGCAGCAGCAGCCGGGUCAUCUUCCUCAAUGGGAACCGGCUCAGUUGGAGGUACCUCGACACCCUCUCCAGCUCGGUCCCUGUCUGAAGAUUUUUCACCAGCAAGCAGCAGAAGUCAAUCUGUGUCGCCAAUAAAGUUAAGCUCUGGAUCUCCAGCUCCUGAAGGCACAGUGAUUCUCUUACAAACCUCUCCUUCCUCAGGUUCCACUGUACACUCAGACCCUGGUCUUGCACAAGCCUUCAGUGCAAGCCAGGGAUUUUUAAAAGAUAAUUGCUCUUCGAUGGGGUUGCAAACCACUCUGUGUAUGUUGAACCCAACAGGCAAGGAUCAGCAUAACCUCCUCAGUCCUGGGGGAAUGCUAGCACCUUCAAGUCAGGCAGGAAAUGUGACUGCCUUGAAUACAAUUGCACAAAACCAGAGACCAGAGCAGACGCCUUUUUCAGGAGCGUCAGUGACCAAGCCUAGCUCUUCAAUCCCAGCAAAUAAUCCUCUGGUCACCCAGCUUCUUCAAGGUAAAGAGGUUCCCUUAGAAAAGAUCCUCCCAAAGCCACUAGCCAAGGUGGAGGUUCAAUCUGUGGCCAUUUCUGCCAGAGAUAAAGGGAAUCUUGGUACCACCACUGCUGGGUUGAAAACAAACCAAGAAGAUGCCAACAAACUUGGAAACCAAGUUCCUUUUGGCCCAUCAAUGAUGCAAGCCAGAAGUGUGGACAAGUUGGUCAAAGUUGGCACUCAGGACCAGAUGCUCCAACCGCUAAGGGACAAAUGCGAGCAGAAGAACACCAUCUCCAACUGUCAACCCUCCCAAUUUCAGUCCUGUCAGUUAGGUCACCUUGAGGGUAGCCAUGACCAGAGUGUCCAUCUCGGCAUCUUUGGACGGAAAAGGUUAUCCAAGCCAGCUAUGACAGGACACUACCUCCUCAAUGUCUCCACAUAUGGUAGAGCAUCCGAGAGCAGCAAACGGCCCCACCUAACUAGUAAUACGAGCAUUGCCCUCGCCAACUUGAAGAAGGAGAAAAUCGAAGCAGAGGAGAGUGUGAAAGGGAAGACGGAGUCAUUUGCAGGGUCUCAUACCACCUCUCAAGGACACCUGAAUUUUCCAAGGGUAAAAGUGGAACAGCAGGGAUUUGUCAUAAAUAAACCAGAUGAUGGUUUGACACCCCAACUCUGCUCUGAUAUAAAGUCUGAAUCUCCAUCUCUGAGUUGUUUGUCCAGCAAAGACGAAGGCAACACUUCUCUUAGAACCAAAGAAACAUGCUCAAGAGCGCAGCUUGAUAUGUGCAGCAGUAUACAGGGUAAAACAGAGCCAUAUCAGUUAGGUGACUGUCACCAACGCACGUUCUUGUCUCAGAAAGCACAUAAUGGACCUCAGUAUGGUGGCACCAUCAGCAUGUCUGUCCCUCAUGCACUGAAGCACAGCAUGGCUGACACUCCAACUUCUCCCACUGUGUCCUGUAGUGGUGAUGGUGAAACGGCUGCUGGAGGAAUGAUGUCUUUUUCCGUCACUGUCACUGCCAUACCUGCCGGUCACCUACUGGAUCAGAACAGUCAGGGUGAAACCUCACCUGAGCAAGCCUUCAUAGAAACCUCUGCAAUGGAAGACGUCCAAUCAAAGUGCUACUGUCGGCUGAAGGCCAUGAUUAUGUGCAAGGGAUGUGGCGCAUUCUGCCAUGAUGAUUGCAUUGGUCCAUCCAAACUAUGUGUCUCGUGUUUGGUGGUACGAUAAUGGUCAUGAGGAUGAACUGCAACUUGUUCAUUCAUUCAUUCAAAGAGAAGCAAUCACUGCAGUGAGGGUAACAGAAAUGUUACGACAGUACAGCAGUGACUCUCUCGCUGUGGUAACCUGUUCAUGUAUCCGUUGUCAUUUGAGAGGCAAGCUGUUGUGCUGAAUGGGGGGAACUCACUAAGAAUGAAUUGUGCCUGCUAAUAGUGCUGCUUAUUUGCACGUACUUUCUGUUUUGUUUUAGCGACUGAUUCAGGAGUUAUGCAAAUCAGGUAACAUGACCAGCAAGCCUGUGUUAUUCUUGCAAGUCAGUUUUGAGUACUUAGUUGUGGCGAAUGCAGCAGACUACCGUGAUCUGGCAUGCUUUACUGGGACUGUUUAGUAUGGCUGCAGUAAUGCAAUCCAGACACCUGAAUCGGCUCUUUAAAGUGCCGAAAGUGCGCUCGACUACACUGUAUGUCUGGAUAUGUACCCAUGCUUUUCAUUUGCAGUUUGAGCGCUUUAAGCGCCUGGUUAAACUGGAUUGCCGGUGCUUAGUAGAGACACCGCAGGUUUUUGCGCUGAAAUGCACAGUGCAAAAGUGGCGCAACUGUUUAGUGAUUUCGCCCCUUUGUUUUUCUUUACAAUACAAACAUAAAUAGCAUGCUAGAAGAUGAGGUAUAAAAAAACGUGCAAUGCUGAGUAAUACUUCCUCUCAUUCAUUGAGCACAUCAAGACUCGAUAUUGAAUAGUGGCAAUAUUUAAGGCUUGUUCUAUUUCUGUUAUAUUUUUGUAAUAGAAUUUUAGAAAUGCAAAUGAAUAUACUACUAUUUUUAUAGAUGUUAAAAAUCAUGAUUCCUUCCAACCCUCAAAUUUCGUAUCUUUUACACAUAAUUCACACUAGUUUGAGAAACCGAUAACAUCAAUAUUUAGUCUUUGCAUAUCCUGUAAAGCUAUUUGUUGGUUGGUUUAAGCCUUUGUGACACAAGCAAAAGAACCACACAACUGAAAUACCAAUUAUUUUGCAGAAUUACUGUGAAUAUGUAAACCUAAUAUAUUAACCUGCCUUGAUACUAGGUUUAUAUGGUACUGUUCAAAGUUAUUUAUGAGAUAGAAGGGAGUUUUGUCAAAUAUGUUAACAGGCUAGCACUUCUCUUAGAUCAGUGGGUUUUACUUGAGAGAAGAAUGUAAGAACAGGUUUAUACUGAUAAUGGCAAUAAUUUGUAUAUUUACAAUAUUUAUAAAAUUGAGAGCAUUAGUCCCUUACAUCUCAUUUUCUUCAGAAAAAAGGAUUUAUUAGGGUUGCACUUUUUUAUGUUCAGAAAAUGACUUUGCUAACGAUCUAUAUCUUUAAAAAAAAAUGAUGAUUUGUAAGGAUGAAAGAAUUCUUAAACAAUCUGUUGUACCCUCUCAGGAGCAAAAGCAGGUCUUAAUCAUUUCAAUAGCCUGUGUCUAAUCAGUUUACGUCACACAAGUGACAUUGCCUCUAAUUGGAAUAACAGAUACUCUCUGUAACCUUAGUUUUUAGGAAUAGGAAAAUAAUGCAGAGUAUCAACAGCAAAACUAUAUGAGCAAUGAAGUUAAACACUCAGAA